CGAUACUAUUUUAGAUAAAAACAAUCCUAACGUUGCACUGUCUCUAAGUUUUAUUGGUUCUUACAAACACCCGUGACUAGCUUGUAGACCGCUAGCAUCACCUUACCUUGUUUACAUUUCACAUUUAUCUCAUUUACUGCUGUUUUUUUAAAGCAGAUAUGUCAGUUGUUUCUCCACAUUGGAGUGCAGAUGAGGACUCGCUCGAGCUGCACAAGGUGCUGCUGGAACUGGAGGAUGUGGAGAAACAGAUCUGCGGCCUACUCGACAAGCAGGCCCAGCUGCUGGAGCGAAGAACCGCGCUGGAAACAUCUUGCGCUUCCGCCUACACAUCCAAGGGACCAUGCACCCAAGACCUAUCCAGCCAAGGUCUCAGUCACGCUGGUGCCGACACCCCUUGGACACCCACGGACCUUGGGUGCACCAGCAGUGAAAGGCGAGAGCCAUACCCUGUCAAGGACCUCUCCACCUGCGGUGUUUGAGAUCCCAACCUGGAACUGCUUCGCUGCUUUCCGUCAGACCAGACCAAACGCUGUGAUUGUCGGAGACUCCAUUGUACCCGGGAUCCUGAAGCAGGAUGAGAGCAUUGGCGCAGUCGUGCUGCACGCAGGGGCAAACGACAUCAGGCUGCGGCAGACGGAGGUUCUGAAGAGGGACUUCGCCAGCCUGAUCGAUACGGUACGAGGCAGAUCACCCACCACGAAGAUCAUCAUCUCUGGACCUCUUCCCACAUACAGACGUGGAGCUGAAAAGUUCAGUAGACUUCUUGCUUUGAAUGACUGGUUAGUUUCUUGGUGUAAUAAACAGAAUCUGCUGUUUGUUAACUGGAAUCUGUUCUGGGAGUGUCCUUGGUUGUUUCUGGCCUGCACCCCAGCAGCCUCGGAGCGGAACUGCUGUCAGACAACAUCUCCAAGACACUACGCACCAAGUGACUGCAUACCAUUGCUGGGACUACGGCUGCUUCUAAGGCCAACCAGACUUCAUAUAAAACCAUAAUGAACUUUUUCACACUAUCCGUUGUUACCCAGAUGAGGAUGGGUUCCCUUCUGAGUCGGGUUCCUCUCAAGGUUUCUUCCUCUUAACAUCUUAGGGAGUUUUUCCUUGCCACCAUCGCCACUGGCUAAAAUUUGGAUUUUGGGAUAAAUUCAAACAUUUAAAAUCUGUAUACCGUGUUUAUAUGUUUCUGUAAAGCUGCUCUGAGACAACGUCUAUUGUAAAAAGCGUUAUACAAAUAAAAUUUAAUUGAAAUUGAAUUGCUGUUGUUUCCUAUUGACCUUAACAUGUGACAUGUUGUGCAUCCUGAGAUGCUUUUCAGCUUACCAUAAGACUGGUUAUUUGAGUUACCAUAGUCUUCCUGUUCACCCCAAGCCUAAAAAACUGUUGUGCAUGAACAUUAAAGGAGUUUCUGAAAUACUCCAACCAGCCAAUCUGGCACCAACAAAUCAGGCCAUGGUCAAAGUCACUGAGAUCACAUUAUUUUCUCCUGAAACUGAAGCUGUAGAUCUGCAUCUACAUGAUUUUAUGUACUGCACUGCUGCUACUUGAUUGGCUGAUUAGAUAAUUGCUCCACUGUGUGUAAGGGGUUGGGGAAACUGGUGCAGGCUGCUUAAAAUGUUUAGUUUAAUUUAAGUUUAUUGUCAUUAUAUGUUGUAUUUGCGCACUUGCAGUGUAAAUUCUGUCGUUUGUUAUAACGGAAGUGAUUCGUUAGUAACAAGGCCGUGUUGCUGAUCACGUGCAGUGUAGACGCAGUGAUCCAGAGCGUGAUUAAGAUCUGUAAUGUCUAAUUAAAACAUUAUGAUCACAAGUAAACUAAUAUUUCUGAAGGCAGUGAGUAACAGAAACCACAAUCUGCAGUGAAAGUGAGUUUUUAUUAUUCAUUUAGGAAGUUGUCAAAUUUCAUUCGUUUUUUGCAUCUUUGGAUGCUCAGAGUUUAUAUUUAUGUAUAUAUACAGUACACAUGUAUCAAAUUUCAUAUAUAAUGUAUAAUGUUUAUAAAACAUGUAUAUAAACCGGUGAGUCCAGGUUUUUUAUAAUAUCAAUGUCAUUAUAAUAUACUGUGUUUGAUGUUGGGCAACUUAAAUUAAACAUUAAUCAUGAAAUCAUUUAGUCAUGUAGUUUGAGGCCACAGCUUAGUGACGUAAAGC